AUCGGUUUGUCGUUCGAACUUACGCUCACAAUUUUUUCAGAAAUUAUCGGGAACGGUCCGGCAAGGAGCCGAGAUUCGAUGUGGAGUGUUUUCAAAAAAAAAUCCAAAUUCCAUCAGCAAAAUGAGAAAGCAUUUCAAUUACACCCUACUGGUUACAUGUACUGUGGGUUUAUUAGCAGCAUCAGUAGACAUGCCGCUGGCCUGGACUUCCCCCAACUUCAUAAAGCUCUAUUCCAACGAUAGCUCGAUCAACCCGCUGCCUCGCCCCAUCACCGAGCGAGAGGACUCCUGGAUAGGCUCCCUGCUGGUAAUAGGCGCCGUAAUCGGCCCCAUUCCUGCGCCAUACAUAUGCUCCAAAUUCGGCAGGAAGAAAGCCCUGCUGGUCACGGCCUUGCCCAUAAUAGCGGCUUUCUUCACGCAAGCCUUCGCCCGCAGCGUUUAUACUAUCUACGCUACUAGGGUGAUAACAGGAGUGUCUUUGGGCGCCGGUUACGCCCUGCUGCCUAUCUACAUAGGCGAGAUAGCGGAGGAUUACAACAGGGGCAUGCUGUCGCAGGCUAUUAACGUAUUUUGGUCGUUCGGGAACUUCUUGGUAUACGCCACGGGGCCGUUUAUGUCCUACAGAACCUUCAACGUGAUGAUAGCCGCUUUCCCGGCUUCGUUUUUCCUGCUGUUCCUCCUGCUGGCGCCCGAGUCGCCGCACUUUUUGGUAGCGGAAAACCGGCUCGACCAAGCGGUCAAGUCUCUGAUGCUGCUGAGGAGCAAAGCCAAGGAAGAGGUUCAAGAGGAGAUCAACUCCAUAGGGCAGCAACUGACCGAGCAGAAGGGCAACAAAGGGCUGAAGGAGCUGUUCGCUACGGGCUUCGUGCGCCGGGCGUUCUUCAUCUGCUUGUGGCUGGUGUUCACGCAGGAGCUGUGCGGGUUCUCGGUGAUAUUCUUCUACUUGCAGCUGCUGUUCCGCGAGUCCGGUUCGCGGAUCUCCGACGAGCUGUCGUCGUUGGUGAUGGCCUUGUUCGUGCUGGCCACCAGCUUCGUGUCGCCGUUUCUGGUGGACAGGUUCGGCAGGAGGACGUUGCUGUUGGUGUCCUGCUCGGGCAUGUGCUUGUCGCUGGCGGCGUUGGGUGGUUUUUUCUUCGUUAAAGAGGAGACGAGCGCGAGCACGUUGCCGAUCUAUUGGUUGCCUUUGGCCAGUUUGGUGAUGUUCGUGUUUUUCUUUAAUUUCGGGAUGAGCGUACCGUGGACUAUUACCGCUGAGCUGCUGCCUUGUUACGUGAAGGAAACCGCUACGACUAUUAUCACUAGUUUGAGUUGGAUGUUGGCUUUUCUGUGCACGAAUUUCUUCCAUUCUGUGACGCAUAAGAUUGGAAUAGGGAGGACUUUUUGGUGUUUUGCUGGGUAUUGUUUCGUGGCGGGUAUAGGGAUUUAUUGUUUCGUGCCGGAGACGAAGGGGAAGAGUUUCACGGAGAUUCAGGACGUGAUGAAAUUCGGGGGGGUGUUUCAAUUCGGGUCUAAGAAGGUGCAAGGAGAAUCUAAAGAUGCUGGUGAGAAUAAGCAGAGUAAAGAAAAGUAUUGAUGUUUAUAGUUUCUUAAAUGUAGGGAAUGUGAAACCAGUAUUUUAUACUAUACAGGAUCGUAGGUGAAUUUAUUUUGAUUAUAUACUCUAAGUAAAAACUCGAAUUAUGUAUUGUUAUCUGAUCUGAUUUGUAUCAUUAAUGUAAAUUUUUGAUAAGUACUCAAAGGAAAAUUACUUCAUUUUAUUGUUUAAAAAUUUGCUAUUU